CCUUUUCCUCUCUCCUCACCGUCACAUUCCCACUCUCUAGAAAAAAGCAAAGGCCUUCAUCUACAACCUUCUCUCCCCUCAAUUCGAUUUGCUUGAUUGCUGUUUUGCCAAGGCAAUCGCGUAAACCCUAAACGCCGCAGCUUGGAGGAAACCGGUCCUGAAAUGGGGCAGCAGAAGGCGUUAAUCUAUGCGUUCGUGGCCCGUGGGAACGUUAUACUGGCGGAACACACCGACUUCAGCGGCAACUUCAACUCCAUAGCCUUUCAGUGCCUCCAGAAGCUUCCAGCCUCCAACAACAAGUUCACCUACAACUGCGAUGGCCACACCUUCAACUACCUCGUCGAUAACGGCUUCACUUAUUGCGUUGUUGCUGAAGAAUCCGCUGGAAGACAGGUCCCUAUGGCAUUUCUGGAGCGUAUUAAGGAUGAUUUUGUAGCAAAAUAUGGUGGUGGAAAGGCUGCAACUGCUCCUGCUAAUAGCUUUAACAAGGAAUUUGGGGCUAAAUUGAGGGAGCAUAUGCAAUAUUGUGUUGACCAUCCUGAGGAGAUAAGCAAAAUUGCAAAAGUUAAAGCACAAGUUUCUGAAGUCAAAGGUGUCAUGAUGGACAAUAUUGAGAAGGUUCUAGAUCGUGGAGAAAAGAUAGAGCUUCUUGUCGACAAGACUGAAAAUCUUCAUCAGCAGGCACAAGACUUCAGGAGCACUGGCACUAAAAUCCGGAGAAAGAUGUGGCUGCAAAACAUGAAGGUGAAGUUGAUAGUGUUGGGUAUCAUCAUAGCCUUGAUCCUCAUCAUAGUACUCUCUGUUUGUCAUGGCUUCAACUGCGGAAAGUGAUGGUUUUCUAUUCUAUAUAUCUGUAGAAGGCACACAAUAUUCUGUCUUAGUGUUUUUGUCUCUGGAAACACGAUCUUAAAAAGAAAGAUACUUGCACUGUGUAUGUAUUAAGGGUGCGGAAUUUCUUUAUUUUGGUGCAAUAGAAACCAUUCUCUUUCUUGCAUCUCCAUAGUUAUCCGCUGCCAGUUUUUCUAUGAUUCGGCAGUUCUAAUAGAACGUCUGUUCAGGUCAAGUUAGAAUGUUGGAUAGUAUAUCAACCAGUUUUGUCAUUUUUAGUC